AUGAACAACAUCCUCAUCCUUCCGCCAGCCCACGACACUUUGCAAGAAACUGCCAAGGAUCAAUUGAACCAUUUUUGUCAACGAGUUACUAGUAAAAUGGAUGAAUACAAUGAGUUCCUGAAGCACAACUCGGUUGUGGUGUUCGCGGUGAACUACAUACAAAAUCGUUUUAUCGCCGCCGAAUUGUGCACGGAAGUAGGCAAACUAUUUGAGAUCCUCAACGUUAAAACAGAACCCGAGUUCAAGAAAGCGAUCGAAGCGCUUCGGACAGAAACAGACACAGCCGCGACUGUUGAAGAAUUCGAAACGGUCACGAGGAACUGGGACAGCUUUAUAGAGGGCAUUGAGAAAGAUUUGGACGAGAAAGUACAAUUUUUAGAUACCCUUCCGGAGUUAUGUGUGGGAAGUAAGGCGAUUUCUCACUAUGUGAAAGGAAGUUCUUUCCAAAUGGUGCUCGUAGUUGUAGUGAGGUGUUUUCACUCACAAGAAAUAACCCAGCAUAUAAUGGGGCUCUAUAACAAAAUUUCCGAAUUCCGAAAGCUAGGAUGUGAUGUUUAUCUGCUCACGAGAGGUGGAGCAUAUAUAAAAUUGAUCGGUGUUCCGUUUCGAAAACUGUACGACGAAGACGAAGCUCUCGCAGAACUCAAAGCACAUCGGCAUUCUGCAAUGGAUCUUGUCGGAUGGGAAGCUCUUGUCAAGGGUGGAACAAUUCUCGUCGAUAAAUCGGGUAAUGUUCUCUAUAAAUUUAUAGAGGAAGAAAACGUCAAAUGGCCUACUGUAGACGACUUAAUAUCUCAGGUAAGCACCCCGUUUAGACCUAAAAAGUGUUGA